GCUCGCGUCACUGCUGGUCAUUGCCCGCCUGAUGCACAACGGAGCGAGUAAAGCGGAAGAUUCCGCGCAACUGUUUCCAUCCCUGCAGUCUCUCGGAAAUCCAGGAACUACAAGCUACGCAAAACAACCCGCCUCACACAAGAAUCUGGCAGUGGAGGAAGACAGUUACAGGAGCCAUCCUGACGCAACAGUGGCGAUCACAGGACUAACCUUUCAACAGCAGCAGCACAGAGACGAAUUUAGCAGACAGGACCCUUCAGUGUCUGCCCACUCAGAGGAAGAGCUCCAGCAAGACAAUGGAACAGGCAUCAGUUCUGUGGCCCGCACACGAAGAGAAACUAAGAAUGCAUCUGAGAUGACACAACCAAAACCUGAGGCAGAUUAUGAUGAAAGUGACACGUACCUUGAAUCAGAAGACAAGUCCAGCAGCAACCCAGAAGAGUAUAAGGAAGCAGUGCCUACACACAAUAGAAAGGAAGAGGAUGCAGUCAGCAUGGGUCAGCACUUUUUCUCCUCAUUUGCUCCAGUCUUUCCAGCACCUUCCGCCCUUGGUCGCUCCCGUCCCUCAAUCUUCCAGGAACCAGCAUAUAGUCAGCGGCCAGCAUUGCUGAGACCUCAACAAAAUACUUUCCAACCCAUCAAUUUUGGUGGAGGGUCAUUUCGGGACAACCAACAUCUACACACAGAAGCUGCUGCUGAAACUAGUACCAGUGACCUUCUUGGUUCUGGUAACUUUGGAGUAAUCCGGGGUGGGACUUUCUACGGUGAUGAUGACCAGAAAGAAACCAAUGUCUAUGGAGCAAGGGGAAAUCACCAGUUCUUCAGUCCCUACUAUCACAGCAACAAUGGACAUGGAAGACCAGCAUUCUAUGGUGGAGGAGGAUCUCCUAAUCCAAGACCACAGAAUCAUCGUGGUAAUGACUUCUUCGCAAACUUCCGUGAUUUUGCUGAUAUUAACACUCCCACAAAGUCUUCAUUCUCAGAGUAUGUUGUUGUUUAUGUGAAUAAGAAUAAUAGCAAACAUGAUGAUGGAAGUGAUCAGCAGGGCUCAAAACCAGGAGACUCAAAGCCCAAAAACAUCAUCGAGCGACUUACAAUGCUGGAUAACGAAGACCAAGAGAAACUCACAGCACCUGAAGAGGAGGAACCUGUGACACCACCCUCUAACACACAGCAAGUAAAAGCAGAGAAGAAAGGUUCAAGCACACUGUCACCUGCUAAACUGAAACUUGCCUUAUUUCAAGAUAAAUUUAAUAAGGAAAAGAUUAAGAAGGUAAAGACCACAUCUUCAGCAUCAGACCCAAAAGAUCUGUAUGAACCCCUCUUAGCUCUAAGUUGAAGGAUAUUUACAUUAAGACAUGUGUUCUUUUAAGAGCCUCUACAUCUCCUGCCUGUAUUCCAAAAUGAUACUCCUUCACAAACAGUUUUCUGUGACUGAAAUUUUUAAAAUUCUGUGAGGAGUCAAUGAAAACUAUUUUUAAAUGGCAGAUGAUCAUGAAAUGUUGAUGUAGGACUUAGAAAUGUGCAAUCUUGCCAAGACUGUACCUGAAGAUAAUUUAGGCUGCCACAAACAGGUUUAUGUAGAGUUAGCUCAUUCAGCAUUCAGUGCAUAGAGAAUGCUGCAAAAUAUAAUGCAGUUUGGAAAUUUGGAACAUGAACUGUGGAAACAUACAAAGGAGAUACGUUGUUUUGAGGUCAAAUGGGUAUGUAAUGAAAAUCUAUGAAUUUUACUCAAAGUGCCAGCAUUGUAAAGUUGAUUCAUAUCAUUCAAACAUGGUGGUUUAAAUGAGCAAUUUAAACUAGGAAAUAUUUUCUUUACAUAUCAUGAAACACUCAACAUGGUUUCAAGGAUGUGACAGUUCUGCUGAUGUUCCCAUCGAAAAUUGUGAUUCAGCACAAAAGUAAGGCUUAGUUCAACUAAUUCCUAGUUUAUUCUCACUGGUUCUAAAACUUUAAAUCAUGCAAUGGAGAUAUAAUGAGGCUAUCUAUACUCAGGAAUUAAACAUUUUGAACUAAAAUGUAGCAUGCUAACAGAAGAGAAACAACAUAAAUUUAACAGACAAAUACAAAUUUCUAGAAUGUUAGUUCCUAUUUCCCAACAUGACUUCCAUUUCAGGAUCACAGACAAUGCUGUAUCACCUCAACUGUUACAAAAUACUGAUAACAAUUUAUACUCUAUACUUUGUACUACACAGUACAUCAGCAUUCACUCUUCAAAUUGAUUUCUCAAAACACAAAUUUUUUCAAAAUAUUGCUGGCAAUAUUAUGUUUCUUAUGGAAUCAUAAUUUGGAAACAAAAGAGCUUUUGAGAUGUGCUGCCACAUAGUCUGGUAUGUUUUGGAGCAAUGUCAGUAAAUUACUACCAGACUACAAGGCAUCACACCCCCCAAGAUAGUACUCUCCAUAGUCACCACUGUGUGGAUCUCAAAUCUCAUAAGAAAAAAGUCUGAUUAGAUAUACAGGAAUAUUAAUUUCUGUUAAUCUGUAACAUAUUUCUACAAUACGAACUAUAUAACAUGUGGACAUGCAUAGACUCUUCAAGUUCUUAAUCUUUAUGGCAAUAUACUGUUACCACACAAAUUAGCACAGAAGACAAUAAAAUUUUUAAGCCAUUUAUUUAUAAUUCACAAAUUAAAAAAAAACAAUAUAUGCACUACCUAAAUUCAAACACACUGUUAAUCUUAAAAAAUCGAUGGACCUGCAAGCAUAUAUCACAAAGGUAUAAAAAUAUUAGAAAUUAAUGUAUACAGAGCAUAUAAAAUAUUAUCAGGAAAACCCAGCCUUUUCACAGGUAAGUUAUUUAUGUAUUUUUGUCUUGGGUGACCUGAAAGAGUCUGGCACUGAGGACCAGACCCAGCUAAAUAACCACAGGAGUGAUGUAUCCUAAGUAGUAAGAAGUUUAAUGUGUAUAGUUUCCUAUUAACCAACAUUCAAACUUGCCUAUAUUUUUAAAUUUAUGAUCUACCCAAAGAACCCUACUGCAACUAGCAGAUCAUUACUGGAAGGCUGGGAAUCCUAUUUUUCUUGCAUUAUACAAAUACCCUAAUCCAUAAAAGCAUUGUUACCAAACACUAAUGACAUUCAGUCUUACACUCCCUUUCCAUUAUUAAUUAGAAAUGCAAAACAUCCUUCUGUCUCCAGUGUUGUAAGGCUGAGUGUAAUUGUUGUAUUAUUAUUGUUGACUUUUGUAGAUAAGAUGAUGAAUAAAAUAAAAGACAUUCUACUCAGAUCAAAGUUUUGCAAUGAUUGCCCAAAGACAUAAUCCAACACUCUUCAAGAGUCUAUAACACUCAGAAAAUUGUUUAAUAUUAUGACACUUCAGAACGAUAUAAAAA